AUGAUUGACCGUUUGCUAGAGAGGACUGGUAUCAAUGACACUGAUUCCAACGGCUGUACAGCAAUGCACUAUUCAGUCAGGCAUAUGAACCAGAUCGAUGCUACUCGCUAUCUCAUCAGCCGGGGAGCGGAUGUUACUGUGGUCAAUCACAAGGUAAACACGCCUCUUCAUGACGUGAUGGGAGGUAGAAUGACUGGAACGCUGAAUGAGAACGGAAAUUUCAAUCAACCCCCUGAUAGCCCUAUCAAAGCACGAGAGGAGCUGGUUACAUUGCUGGUCAAUGCUGGGGGCUCGAUGGAUGUACCAAGUGGGGCUGGGAAGACACCGACCCAGCUGCUUGAUGAGCUCGAGAAAAGGCAACAAAUUUGA